AUGUCAUCAACAACAGAUUCCAAUCCGCUAUUAGUGGAUCCCUCAAUUGUAUCAAUAUCAGAUCAACCUAAUUCAACAUCAGUAUCUACGUCUACAUCUACCACCCAACUUCAUACAUCGUCAAUUCAUAAUUUAGAACCAGGAAAUGCAUUAUCAAAACUCUUGGACUCAGCAAUGGCACAUGCUGCCAAGGAAUCUACUCCUGAUAUAGUCACUAGUGAUGCUCCUGCAGUUAGUGCAAGUUCUAGUGGUUCUAGUGAUAAGGUUAGUAGUGAGUCAGCCAUAUUCUAUAGCACUAUUCCUGAGAAGAAGCAGGGUAUGGAAGGGGUGUACACCGUUGAUUACUUGUUACUGUUGAAGAAUUCUCCCGAUAUCCCUGAUUUUAAGGAUAAAUUGCCCGAGAAGUCGUUCUGGAGAAGCAACAAACCUAGAGAAUCAUAUAAUCAAGCAUCCGCUACCACUGGUAGACAUCAUAAUAAGAAAAACAGUUACAAUCGAAGAUCCCAUCAGAAUGAAACUUGGGAACGAGGGAAGCUGGAUAACUUGGGUUUUGCCAGAAGUAACGAAUUGGAUUCUAUGUCUAUGGAAAAAAUCUCACAGUUAUUGGGUGAAUCAAAUGACGAUUUGGGCGAGCCUGAAUGGGAAGAUACCAAGAAGAACGGCAAUGAUGAUAGUCUUGGUUUGAUGGGCAUGGGACAGACAGUGGAGGAUUUUGAAAGAUGGAAGUCCAAGAUGAAAUUAGAACAACGUAGAAGAAAUGGGGAAAUAAUUGAUGAAAGUUUAGAAGCUGAAAAUACUGUCCAUGCUGCUGCUGCUCAUGCUGGUAAUGAAGUUGAUAAUUUCUUUUCGUUUGUCAAAACAAAGGAAAAUGAUGACGAAAGUCAUCCAGAAGAAGCUAGUCACACUCCAGAACAUGAUAAUCAUGAAGAACUGAAGAAUAAAAGUUCAAGGUUUUUAUCAUUUUUCCCACAACCAGCUAGUGAAAAGCAACAACCUCAGCAAGCUCCAGCUGGCCCACCACCAGGCAUGUCCAAGUUUUUCAGAGGUCCACCCGGUCCUCAACCCCAACAACUGCCACAACAGCAACAGCCUCAACAGCAGCAAGUUCCGCUGCAACAACAACAACAACAACAACCACAACAACAACAACCGCAACAACAACAACAACAAAAUCAACCACAACAUCAGCAACCACCUCAACAGCGCCCACAGCAACAACACCCACAAGCAUUCCCAUUCCCACCAAGCAUGCCACCCAACACCAAUGAUAACUUUUUUAUGUCCUUAUUAAACAAGAAGGAGCCAGGACAAGAAACUCCUGAACAAAAGCAACAACAGCCACAACCAUCUCCUCAACAACAACAACAAUUGAAACAACAACCUUCGCCUCAGCAAGGACAACCAGGCCAACAACAAAUUCCACCUUGGAUGAGACAACUAGCCUAUGGACAAAAUAGAAUGGGACCUCCUCCACAAGGACAAGGAAAACUUCCACCAGGAAUGAAUGUUCCUCCAGGACCAGGAACCCCAGGUACUCCAGGUACGCCAGGAACCCCAGGUGGUCCUCCUCCUCCUCCAGGAAUGUAUCCUUAUCCUCCUCCUGGUCACCCUGGUCACCCUCCUCCUCCUCCAGGUAUGUUCCCUAAUGGGUUCCCACCUCCGCCACCUGGCGUUGCCCCUCCAAAUUUCCAACAUGGACCUCCACAAGGCCCACCUGGUGGACAAAUGCAGCCACCACCGCAAUUUGGAAAUAGAUUCAUGCCACCUCAAUUCAUGGGUAUGCCAUUACCUCCACAUUUACAACAGCAGCAACCACAGCAGCAACAGCAACAACAACAGCAACAACAACAGAAUCAACCUCGUUAG